AUGAGCAUGAGACGGAUUUACAAAGACCACAUCUUCACUGCCUGUUUUGAUGGCGUGCAUAUCCUGGGUUAUGUCAGUGACAACCUGAAGGACAAGGACACACAGAUCCUCCUCUCCUAUAUCGCCUCACCUACAAGGCUGCGCAGCGACGAGCUGUUCUCCAGCAAGGUGGGUCGGAGGGAGGACCGCCGGCUGUUGGGGCCCCGGGAGCUGGCUUGCGCACAGUGCAGCCGCCCGCUGGCCUUCCUGUUGCAGUUGUACGUACGGCUGUGCAGCAGCGCCCACACCUUUCACCGAGGCCGGUUCCUCCCCACCUGCUGCGCGCGGACCUGCGCGUUUUUAAGAAAUCAGCCAGCCAGGGAAAAUGACUUUUACUCUUAUGAGCCGUCUGCUGAGGAUCCUCCCCCAGAGAAGGAAGAACCUGUGCGCUUCCAGCUCAAGUGAGCCCAUCUCUUGAGGGUGUGCAGCUGUUUAGGCCCCAAGACUUGUUCUGGGUGUCAACAAGAGCAUUGCUGCAGUAAGGAGCACGCGACUCUGGACUGGAGAGCAAGACUGAAGCAGGACUGUAGACGAGCAAAUAAUUUGCCCAGCACAGUUCCAGACCACAACUUCCUUUUUCCAGAAAUGGAAAUAGUAAUAGAAACAGAAGAUAAGACUACACCUGAAGUUUUAGAAAAAGAAGCUGAAUGGGAGAUUAUAGGGAGCGUGGCUGAAGCACCUGAGGAAGAAUUGGAUUCCAUGGCAAAACAUGAAUCCAGGGAAGAUAAAAUUUUCCAGAAGUUUAAAACUAAAAUAGCCCUGGAACCAGAACAGAUUCUCAGAUGUGGCAGAAAGAUUGCCCCAAUCUGGAUCUCUGGUGAAAAUAUCCCCCAAUUAAAGGAUAUUCAAGGCUGUCCCUGUGACAGAAUAUUUGAAUUACAGGUCAUGCCUCAGCUGCCCAACUACGUCAAGGUGGACAGCGGCAGGAGUGCGGACUGGGGCAUCCUGGCCAUCUCCACCUGUGCUGGAAGCUGCAGCCUGGGCACUGGCUACACAGAAGAAUCUGUUUGGAAGCAAGAUAUAACAGCUACACCUUAAAACAACCUCAUAAAGCCUUAACAAUGCUCGUAAUCUCUUAGACCUUGCAAUUCCAGUUUUAGGACUUUAUCCUAAGGAAAUAAUUACCAAUAUACCAGAGAGAAAAGUACAAAGAUGGGGUUUUUUUAGGCAUUGGUUAUGAUGUCUAAAUAUUAGUGAAACAAAAAUGUCCAGUAACAGGGAAUUACGUAAAUUUUAGUGUAUCUAUCCAGUGGAAGGCUAUGCAGUUUUAAUGAUACAGAACUGUAUGCACACCAAAUAAGGUACAGGUCUGAAUUGAUGCCAAGUUACCAUUACAGAUGGUAU